GGAAAUCAUUAGAAGAAGAAGAACAGACCAGCGAAGAAGAAACCAGUAUUACUGAGCGGAAGAGUGAAUUAAAAGUCUUAAAAUGGGUUUUGUGAAAGUGGUGAAGAACAAGGCGUACUUCAAGAGAUAUGAAGUCAAGUUUAGGAGAAGGAGAGAGGGGAAAACUGACUACUAUGCCCGUAAACACCUGGUUGUGCAGGACAAGAACAAGUACAACACGCCAAAGUACCGGAUGAUUGUGAGGUUGUCCAACAGGGACAUCUGCUGCCAGAUUGCCUACGCAAAGAUUGAAGGAGACCAGAUCGUGUCUGCUGCUUAUUCGCAUGAGCUGCCUAAAUAUGGCAUCACUGUGGGCCUGACAAACUACGCUGCAGCUUACUGCACAGGGCUACUUCUAGCUCGUCGGCUGCUGCAUAAGUUUGGCCUGGACCAGGUGUAUGAGGGCCAGGUCGAGGUGACGGGGGAGGACUUCAAUGUGGAAAGUGUUGACGGACAGCCAGGAGCCUUCACCUGUUACCUGGAUGCUGGUCUUGCCAGAACCACUACAGGGAACAAGGUGUUUGGAGCGUUGAAGGGGGCAGUGGAUGGGGGGCUGGCCAUUCCUCACAGUGUAAAACGCUUCCCCGGUUAUGACGCAGAGAGCAAAGAGUUCAACGCAGAGGUGCAUCGGAAACACAUCAUGGGCAUGAACGUGGCCGACUACAUGUCGUACCUGAUGGAGGAUGAUGAGGACGCCUAUAAGAAACAGUUUUCUCGCUUCAUCAAGAAUGGAGUCACACCAGACAUGGUUGAAGACAUGUACAAAAACGCACACGCCGCCAUCAGAGCAAACCCCAUACAUGAAAAGAAACCCAAAAAAGACGUCAAGAAGAGCAGGUGGUCUCGCCGAAAGAUGUCUCUGGCACAGAGGAAGGACCGCGUUGCCCAGAAAAAGGCCAGCUUCUUAAGAGCACAAGAACAAGAAGCAGGGGAUGGCUAGUAUCAGCACGGCGUCCUGCUGCUCAGAGAUAACGCACGUUAAUAAAGUUAUUGGAAAAUCAGACAAA